AUGGCCCUCGUUGUUUGGCCCUGGACCUGCGGGAAGGAAGCCGCGGUUAGAUUUGCUCUCGCGGCGCUCAAGUGUUGCCUUGCCCCGCUGUCCGCAUCACCUACGCACAGCUGGAUUUUCGUGCCGUUGCUGCAUGCGGCUGUGGGGCGCCUCCACCCGGACGCUUUGCAGGCAUGGGAAUCCAGCCCCCGCUAUGGUGCGCUCUGGUCGCGAGUCCUCGCCAACCUCCGGCUAGCGGGCUCUGUGCCUCCCGCCUCCAUUGUUCAUGCCCUCCACGUCAGCAGCUUUCCUCCGAUGAAGGUCGGCCACCCCGCCAGACGAACCAGUGCACCCCCAAGCCUCUGCCAUCUUUUGGCCUUGUCGCACAUCCAGUCUCUUGCCGCUGCUGCCACCAGCGUUGAGUCAGAGCGCGCUUGGAAGUUGUGGUUGUUCCUCCCCCGUAUGCUCCUGUUCCGGCCACCAGCUGCCCCUCGCAUUCCGGCUGCUGUUCUGCGUGCACGCAUCUCUGCCUUCCAGAGCGGGGAUUGGGCUUCACUCCUGCCCGAGGCCUCCACCGCUUCGCCGCCCGCUCGAGGUUCCGCGUCAGAGCCCGGCGCCGAGCAACGUGUUGACAAAACGGUCCACUUACCCCACCUCGGCGAGCUUUCCGCUGCUCGACGCGCCCUGCUGAGCGAGCCUCUUGCCCCGGGCGACCACGCCACCCUCCUGCAGCUACGCGACCCCGACCGCGCAGCCCCCGGCCCCAGUGGACUCACAGCCGACAUCGCGCGAUUGCUGCUUGACGACGCCGACUCCUCCGAGGCAUUCUGCGGCGUCGCACUGCUGCUAGCACGCGUCCGUGGACUUGUUGUCGGGGAUUUCCUUCGCCACUUGGUCGCCCGCACCCUUGCCCAGCGAUACAGCCGUCAGAUCGAUGAAGCCACCCGCCACCACCAGUUUGCCUUGUCCACGCGUGCAGGGGCAGAGGCUCUCGCCCACAGCCCCCAACUCGAAACCGAUACCGACCCCAGCUGCACUGUCCUUUCUGUUGAUGGCAUUGGUGCAUUCGACUUCGCGAGCCGCCAAGGCUUGCUCUCCGACCUCCAACACACGCCUGAAGCCUCCGCAAUGGUUCCCUUCGCCCCCUUGUUCUAUGGCACGCCUUCGGCGAAGAUCGCCGCGGAGACAGUUCAUUUCCUGUUGGGGGCCCUGUUCGAUGAGAAGAAGUUGCAGCUCCCGGUCGCCCCGGUGAUCCUGGGCGUGACGUUCAACUUAGAACAGCUCGUCUUGGAGAUCAAAGAGCAGAGGAAGCAAGAGCUCUUGGACACGAUCGACGCGAUCCUCGAGUCUGGCAGCUUAGAUCCGGGCUUGGCUGGGAAGCUCAAAGGCAAGCUUAUGUUCGGAGCGAGCCAGCUCUGGGGGAAGGUCGGACGAGCGUUCUUCCGCCCGCUCUCCCAGAGGCAGUACAUGAAAGAUCUUCAUGGGGAUC